GUCAAAUGUUUUGUGAAGGAGAUUUGAGGAACAUAUGUUCCUGCUAAAUGUGUGUGAUCAUACAUUUGGGGUGUCAAUGGAUGGAAAAUCAUCUGAAGAUCGAAGUUUUGAAGAAAUUGAAAUACUUUAUUGAAUAUUAAUCAAUCUUAUUUUCAUUCUAAAAUCAUGUACUCAAAGGAAUUUUCUUUCAAUUACAUAUGUAAGUGCAUUAAAUUGAAUUAUUUUUCUAUUUCUUACUUACAUUUAAAACAGUUAUGUUUGUCAUUUUGUUUCUCAAAGUAGAAAAUAUUUUCAUGUAGAUUUUUCUUCCAAGAUUAUUAUUCCUUAGAUUUCAAUUUAGAACAUUCAAGUAAAAGAAAAUAAGACUCUAAAAAAGGAAGUCUCCAUGUGAAUUGAGAGAAAGAAACGGAAAUUAUAAAUUCUGUGGUGACAUUAAAUUUCAUUUCAUAAUUUUGCCAGCUAUAAUAAGGUAUGAUAUGAGAUUCAGGGUGGUACAUUUAUGUGCAUACAUGUACCUUGUAUCUCCAAUUGAAAAUUGAUUGCUUUAAAUCAAUUUCAACAUUAUGAAUAUCCUACAAAAGUAAAACAUAAUGAUUUUAAAGUUUAAAAAACACAUUGUUUCACUCCUGAAACCUUGACCUCACAUGGAUAUAUAUUGGUAUUUAGUGUUGGUAGGUUUUGGUUCUUUUUGGGUGGAUUUUGGAUAAUGUAGUGAAUUUCAGUUAGUUGUAGCACAGUAACAUGGAGUGAGCUUCCUUGCUUCCUGAUAUAUAGUCAAUCACUUUUUAAGACAUACAUAUUUUUCAAACUUGCAUUGCACAUAUUUGUUUACAUUUUUGGUAGGAGUGUUUUAUAUGCUCACUAUAUAUGUCAUCUUCAUAUAUAGAUGUGUAAUUGUUUGCAAAAAGAGGAGACAUCUAAAUUCCUAAUAAAAAUGAUAAUUACAUUUAAAUCAUAAUUGUGCACUUCAUGUACUUUUUACAUGCAAAAUCAUUUCAUAUAAUUAUAUGGUUUUUGUAUUUUCUGUCCAUAUCUGUAAGUCUGUCUGUCACAAAGUCUUAAAUUGAGCAUUAAAAUGCUUCUCCUCCUGUAUGGAUUAUCUGAUAAACUUGAAACUUUGUACAAUGCUUCAUUGCCAUUUGCAGAUGUGCACAUUGUUGGGAGAGGAUUUAUUGUUAUCCUAAAAGUUAUAGUGGUUCGAUCCAAGAGGGAUGCGGGUGUAAAAUAGCUUGUGACCAUUUCUCCUAGUUGCAAACAUAUUGCAGAGUCUUUUUUUUUUUUUUUUUUUUACAAUACUUCAUUAUCAUUUAAUGAUGUCUAGAUUUCUCUGACCCAGGAAUCUAAUAUUUUCCUAAAAUCUACAGUGGAUCAAAAACAAGUAUUUUAAGUGUUGUUUUUUUUUACCCUUUAUUGAAUAAUCUUUGUAAAAUUGCAUGUGCAAAAGUAAAGAUGCUUUGAAAAUUCAAUUACAAAAUUAAACAUUUCACUGGUUUGUUAAGGUACUCACUACACUAAAGCUUUAUGACACUAUGUUACAAGAUGGCGAUUUAAAUGUUUUGGGAAAGUAUUUGUAUUGAUCGAUUUAUUCGUCUAUAACACCAUAGCUAAGUGGUUAAUUAAUAAAGCAUUGGGCAAGAGAGAGAGAGAGAGAGAGAGAGAGAGAGAGAGAGAGAGAGAGAGCAUUGGGCUGGUGAACUACAGAUCUUGAGCUCAAAUCCACCAGUCUUUUGUUCAUGUGUUGAAAUAAUAUUUUUGAAAAUCAUGUUUUUAUCCAAAUUUGCAUUUUUUGCUGUUUUUGGCAUACACACUUAUUGUAUAUCAUCAGAUCUUUUUUAAAAUAUUAAAUCUAUUUGUACUGAUUUGAGAAACUAUUUCCCGGUGUAGUGAGCCACCUUAAAUGUAAACAUAAAAAGACUCCAGUCUUUGUUUACAUAACACAGAAUGAAGGCUAAAAUAUUGCUUUUAUUCCUGCAUCCAGAAGGUUAAAAUUUUGGCUGUGAACACAGAUUCAGUUAUACUUUUCAUGUUUAACAUUUAAAAAAAUGAAAACAAAAUUAAAAAAAAAAACAAAAACAAAAAAACGUAAACGUCCUGUUUGAGAAUUUUUCACUUGUAUGGAGACGUCACCAUUGCCAGUGAAGGGCUGCAACAUUUAGGUCUAUGCUCGGUGCUUAUGCCCCUUUGAGCAGGGGUGGAUUAAUAUUGUGUCACACAUUUAGGUAAUGUCAUAUAACUGUAAACAAUGUCUCUAGAGGAUUUGGGUGUUGCUCAACCGGAAAUUUAUUAAAUGAAUGCAUAAGAUUGGAUCAUACUUCUUUUUGGACUAGAACAUCCAGGACUGAACUUUCUUAGGGUCGAGAUGUCUGUUAACCGUUUAUUCGUAUUUACCUGUCAAAGUCUUUUUGACGCUUCAGGUAUAGGAGAAAGUACUUUGACUUCAGAAUGAAUGUGAUUGUCAGAGGGAGAAUGAUGGACCGAAGCAUGCAUUUUGUAAAAUGAUUCUUGUGUUGUUAAAUCUUCGAGAAUCUUGUUGGAUAUGUCUGAUUCGGUUCACGAAACAACUUAGCAUCAUCUAGCAGUAGCAGAUUUCACCAAAGUAUGGAUCAUGCUGUUGAACCAAAUCCUGCUGUUGAAUUAAAGCCAAAACUUUUAAUCAGUGCUUGGUCACUACAGCUGAGUGCCCUUCUUCUAAAUGUGAUCGGGAUAGGAACACCAUACUGGGUUUAUAAGGCCAGUGUUUACACUACAAUUUACGCAGGCUUGUGGCAAUAUUGUGUUCAAGUCCUUUCCACUGUUAUCACAUGCAAGAACACAAACGAGUAUUCAGAUCUGAGAUGGCUAAGAAUGGUUCAGGCCCUGAUGAUUCUCAGCGUGAUGUGUUUUGGUGGAGGAUUUAUAUGCCUCACUCUAAAGAUAUGGUUUCUGAAAGAUAGAAAAGAAAUUUUACAUGUCGUUCUUUUGUCUACAUUUGCAGGGGCAUUUUUAACCCUUGUCGCCAUAUCCAGAGCUGCCGAUAUGAAGGAGGUAUUUCUUGGAGACACCUUUACACUGCACUUUUCUUUCGCGUUUUGCAUACUUGGAAUGCUGCUGGGGAGUGCUGCUGCCAUUCUUUUAACAGUGGACCGUCUGAAGAAUAAAGAAUCUUGGAUUAAUCCCUGAACAUGUCGGAGAGAGAACAAAAUAUAUAAUGAUGAAUGAAUACAUAUACUUAUGUUUACACCAGAUUUCUCGAGUAUAGUUAUACUUCGCAAAACUACAUGUGAGUGACACAUCUAGAAAAGUUUCUGUAGUUUAACUAUACCUUUUCCUGACUUUUAAAACUUGAGUUCCCACAUUUAAAUUUUGAUAUCUGUUGUCUGAUCCUUCAUUUAGUUUUUCUUACCACUAGCCAUAGCUUCUUUAACGAUAUUUUUUUCUUUUUACUAGUCAUACCUUGUUUAAUGAUGAAAUGAAUAACAAUGAGACAAAUAAUUCAUUUUACUUUCUUUAUUGAACUAUAUCGUCUCACGAUUAACAUUCGUUGAGAAGCGAUUGAAAGGUAUUAGCCUUUUUGAAGUUUUUAAUCGCUCAUUCGUAUUUGUUAUUAAGAUAUGGUGGUUUUUAGAUUAGAUACUAAUUUUAAUUGGAUGUGACAGUAUUCUAGUGUAGAAGGUUCGGUACACAACUGUAUCCGGGUGUUUAUCAAGCAUUUUAACAGAUAUAUCUUGUAAAAGUAUCCAAUACACAGUCAGUACAUCCUUUGUAAUUUC